AUGGCGGAAACAGCGGGAGAGAAAGCACGCACGAUAUCUACACACUUGACAUGUAUAAAUGACCCCUCUGCGAUUGCCAAACUUGCAUCUCCGCCAGGAUCCAAGUCCCAUAGCCCGCCUGUCACCAGACCUCGAAAUGGCAUUUUCAAUCCCGCUCAUGACUCUGCGAAACAUAGACAUAGACUGGGCUCGGAACCCGUGAAUCCAGAUGCUCUUGCGCGUGCGCUCAAGGAUUUUGAGGAGGUGGGUCGUCAUCGGGGAGAGGACGCCAGGUUCAUCCCAAAUCGCGAAGGACAGGAUUUGCAGGCCAGUUACAGCUUACUGCAUGAAGACGGUUGUCCUGCUACCCCAUCAAAGCCAAAGAAGAGAACGCCUCAUGGGGAAAUUCAUUUUCAAAAGACUGAGGAAGCCAACCGCACAUACUCCAGAGUGCUCCGCAGUGAAGUAUUUGGAGAUACCGUCCCCCAACCCGAUCUACACUCUCUAUCACCAGACCCGAUUGUAGGGUAUUCUACUAAAAUCCACGACCCGACUCGCUCACAUACACCGCCCUCAUACAAAGCCGCAUCCUCUUUACCUCCGGCAAGCAUAAGUCCCUCAACCCCCAGCAAAAACCUCUUCUCUUAUACAUCUCCACGACAUGUCUCCGGAAACCCUACACCUUCCCGAACACCUCGCAGCGGCCACGGCCCUAACCUAAAUGUCCGCUCUGAGCUCUAUAGUUUAUCUCCCAUUCGAUUUGAUAGUCAACGGAUUCUGCAAAGCAUGCGCAAGCAACCCAGAUAUGUGAACAAAGUUCCUUUUAAGGUUCUAGAUGCACCAGAUCUAGCGGAUGAUUUCUAUCUUAAUCUAGUUGAUUGGGGUAGUAGUAAUAUACUGGGGGUGGGAUUGGCGUCCGCCGUUUAUAUGUGGGAUUCUAUGAAUGGCCAUGUUACGAAGCUAUGUCAGUUGCAGGAUGACACUGUAACUAGUGUUAGCUGGAUUCAAAGGGGGACCCAUCUUGCAAUAGGAACUGGAAAAGGAUUAGUACAAAUUUGGGACGCAGAACACUGUCGACGUCUACGAACAAUGACAGGUCAUACACUCCGUGUUGGCGCUCUAGCCUGGAACGACCACAUCCUCACGUCCGGCUCGAGAGAUCGAACCAUCUUCCACCGCGAUGUUAGAUCUCCAGAUCAAUUCCUCCGCCGUCUAACAGGCCACAAACAAGAAAUCUGCGGCCUCAAAUGGAACACAGAAGACGGCCAACUAGCCUCAGGUGGCAACGACAACAAGUUAAUCGUCUGGGACAAACUGAACGAAACCCCCCUCUUCCGCUUCUCCGACCACAUUGCAGCCGUCAAAGCCAUCGCCUGGUCCCCGCAUCAACAUUCCCUCCUUGCCUCUGGAGGCGGAACGGCAGACCGCACCAUUAAGUUCUGGAAUACCCUCACCGGCCACCAGGUUAAGGAGAUCGACACGGGCAGUCAGGUGUGUAAUCUGGCCUGGUCGAAGAACUCGGAUGAGAUCGUCAGUACGCAUGGGUACAGCCAGAAUCAGAUUGUUGUGUGGAAGUAUCCGCGUAUGGAGCAGGUUGUGUCGUUAACGGGGCACACGUUUCGAGUGCUGUAUUUAGCCAUGAGCCCUGAUGGGCAGACAGUUGUGACGGGGGCGGGGGAUGAGACGUUGAGGUUUUGGAAAAUUUUUAAUAAGAAGGGUUUGAAGGAUGAGAGUGGAAGGGAGAGUAAAUAUCAUUCGUAUGCUACUAUUCGAUGA